UUUUUGGAUGGACGGUCACGCUGGUCGUUCACGAGGCCAAAAUAAAAUCAAUUUCACGAAAAUCGAACGAAAAUUUGUGUUAAAACCUGAAUUAAAUGCUAGUGAGAACUGCAUUUAAGGUCCGUUGUCUGCGUUAAAGUCUCCCUGUCCAGUGUGCAUCAUAUAUAGACGGGUUGCGAUCACGUUACCCAACGAUUUCUCGCCGUGUGUUAACAUAAAGCCGCAAAGUGGAUACCGAAACUGUGAAAAUUGAGGAUUUGAUGGACUCUGAUCCUGAAAUUGAGUUCAUUGAAAAGGAUAGCGGGAUGUCCUCGUUAGGCGGCAGCAAAGACGAGACGCCCGAGCGUCGCACAGUGGCCACCAAUGUGCAGCCUGAACGCGAUGCCGAGGAGAGUUUCGAUGAUGAGCCGGAUGAGACGCUAAGCGAGCGUAUUAUUGGCCUGACCGAAAUGUUUCCCGAUUCUGUGCGCAAUGCUGUUGUCACCGUCGGCGGAACCAGCGUGAAGACCUGCAAGGGUCUAUUUUCGUUCUCACGCAAUGCAGCAUGGAUUUUCUUCACCACAUCCAUCAUUAUGUUUGCGCCCAUUGUCUUUGAGACUGAGCGCGCCACAAUGGAGGAGUUGCACAGGUCGCAGCAGAAGCAGGUGCUCCUUGGGCCGAGCAGUGCAAUGGCUUCCACUGGGCCAUCGCCCAACCUGCCAUUGAUACGUUAAGCUAUUAUCAUUAACACUAUAACCAGCUGGAGUCCGUGUUCGGGACACGUUUAGCUUAAGUUUAUCCAAUAUCAAUCAAUCCCAGUCGUUGGCAAAACGGAAGCCAUGCCCCUCCAUACAACACCACAAUCACAGAAGGAAAAGAACAAAACAGACACACAGCAAGCGCCUUAAGCAUUUACGCUGCCUCCCACAUCCCCUGCGAGCACUGCAGCGUUGCGAGUGGGAUGGAAUGGCCAACCAAAAUAGUCCACUAAAACACACCUCAUUGUUCGGCAUCCUCUUCGAGCAGUUGCGAAAACUUCUGAUAGGUUUUAGUUUCGUAGUUGACGCAUAAAGUGUAUAAAAAAGGAACAACUACGAUAUAAAGAAAUUAAUAAAACUAUGUUUAUUAAUAGUUAAA